AUGAAGAGCCUGCUCUUGACCUUCAUACUUCUGGGGCUGGUGGCUGUUCUGAAGGCCCAAGAACUUCCAACAGAUGACCAGGAAGAUUAUUCUGGGACCUGGUAUCCAAAGGCCACGAUAUACAAUGGCAGCCUACCCAGUUACAAGAUACCCUCAAAGGUUUUCCCUGUGAAGGUGACAGCCGUGGAAGGAGGAGACCUGGAAGCCGACAUUAUAUUCUGGAAGAAUGGUCAGUGCCAAGACAUUAAAAUCAUGAUGAAAAAAACUAAGGAGCCUGGCAAAUACACCUCCUUUCACGGCAAGAAGUCCAUCUAUAUCACACAGCUGCCGGUGAAGGACCACUACAUCUUCUACUGUGAAGCUCAUCACCACGGGAAGUUAUUUGGAAUGGGAAAGCUAAUGGGGAGAAACCCUGAGGAAAACCCAGAGGCCAUGAAAGAAUUUAAGAAAUUUGUACAGCGUAAGGGACUCAAAGAGGAAGACAUCCUUGUACCAGAGUUGAAAGUUUCUCCACUGCAGCUUCAAGGUCCUGUCAGCUCUCCCAGGGUUGCCAGGCCCUGCCUCAGGUCUUUGCUGAGGGAGGGUCUGAGCCGCAGGUGUGAUGGGGUCAUGUACAGGGCCCUUCUCACCCCUGGGCUUCUUUUGGUUUCUACAGAGCACUGUGUGCCUGAAAGCGACUAG